AUGCGCUCCCCCACGCUUCCCCCCUCCUCUACCCCCCCCACUCUUUUCCCCUGGGCAGCGCUCAUCCUCAUGUUCCUCAUCGCUCAUCCUCAUGUUCCUAAUCUACUCGCAUCUGCCCAACCAAGCAACCACCACAUGGAUCAAAGUGGGCAUGUGAGUCCCUCUCCCCCCUCUUCGCUCGAGGUGACUAUUGAGUUGACUCAAAAGCCACUUUCUUACUCGCAUCUGCAGCCACCACGUGGGUCAAAGCAGCCACCACAUGGGUCAAAGUGGGCAUGUGAGUCCCUUCCCCCCUCCCCUUUUAUCACGUGGAACAAAGUGGGCGUGUGUGUCCCUUCCCCCCCCCUCCCUUCACUCGCGUUUGGCCUGAACAUGCCCACCACAUGGGUCGAAGUGGGAUUGGAAGGCAAGGGCACGUCAUUCCCCUCCCCCCUCCUCUCUUGUGAUUCCUCUCCUCCUCUCUCCCCCUUCCUCUCCUCCUCUCUCCCCCUUCCUCUCCUCCUCUCUCCCCCUUCCUCUCCUCAUCUCUCCCCCUUCCUCUCCCCUCUCUCCCCCUUCCUCUCCCUUCUCUCCCCCUUUCUCUCCCCCUCUCUCUCCCUUCAUCUCCCCAUCUUCCCCCCUUCUUCUCCCCCUUUCCCCCCCUUUCCCCCCCUUCGCCCCUCCACACCCCACAACUGUCUUCCUAUUAUCCGGCAGGAUAUACAGUGUACUCCACCAGUGCUUUCUCUUCUCACGGCCCUCCCUACACCCUCGUCUCCUCCCUUCUCCCCCCGUGCCAUCAUCCCAUGCACACCUCUCUCCCCGCCUGCUUCCCCCCACCAGCUGCUCCGCCAUGCUACCAAUGCUCUUCUUUUCUCAAAGGCAAUGAGUGCACACCACGAGACCAUCUACCCAUCCACCCACCCCUCUCUUCCCCCUUUCAUCCCUCCCAUUGACACCCUCCCCCCACCCCGCCUGCUUCCCACCGCCCCACCUGCUUCCCCCCACCCCGGCUGCUUCUGUUAG